GAGGUACCGAAAGUAAACCGAAAGCGCGCUCUGACCAAUCAGGAUCCAGGUUUAGAAAAUUUGAUCGACUAUAACGGAGGUUUUCUGAGCUCGUGCAGCCGCUGGGAGAUCUGAUUUGAUCACGCCUUUCCACGCGUGUUUUUGCGACCGCCCGUGCGCUCUGGAGGAGGAUAAUGGGAGCGACUUUGGGGAGCUUCAGCCUCCUGCCCUGGGCUCAGUGUCUGUGCGGACCAGCGACGUGUCUGGCGUGUCGAUUUUUCUCGAAAUGUAAGAACUCAAUAGUGACUCGAAUCAUUUACACCUUGAUCCUGUUCCUGGACACCAUCAUCGCCUUCAUCAUGCUGUCACCCAGCGUUGAGCAACGAAUGAGACAGAUCCCCGGAUUGUGUGAAAACAAUAUGACGUCCACCGCCGCAGGAAUGUUUCAGUGUGAGACGUUCGUGGGCUACAGAGCCGUGUAUCGUCUUUGCUUUGGCAUAAGCACAAGCUUUCUGGUGUUUUUUCUUCUUACCAUCAAAAUUAAGAACACCAGAGACCCUCGAGCUGCAAUUCACAACGGAUUCUGGUUUUUCAAGAUUGCACUCAUUAUCGGGCUCACUGUCGCCGCCUUUUACAUCCCACAGGGAGGAUUCUCCUACAUUUGGUUUAUUGUAGGUGCCGUUGGAGCGUUCGCCUUCAUCCUCAUCCAGCUCAUCCUCCUCAUGGACUUUGUGCACUCAUGGAGCGAGUCGUGGAUUGACAAGAUGGAGAACGAGAACAAGAAGCUCUGGGGUUGUGCCCUGUCUAGUGUAACGUCACUGAACUACUCUCUGUCCAUCACUGCCGUCACGCUCAUGUACAUAUUUUACGCUCAGCCCGAAAAGUGUGCUCUCAACAGGUUCUUCAUCUUCUUCAACCUCAUCCUGUGCAUCAUCGCUUCAGUCAUCUCUGUUCUGAAGAAAGUCCAAAAACAUCUUCCUGCUUCUGGACUAAUGCAGUCGUCCUUCAUCACUCUGUACACCAUGUACCUCACCUGGUCGGCCGUCACAAACGAACCAGAGAAAGUGUGCAAUCCCAGCCUGCUGAGCUUCUUCCAACCGUUCCCCAUCUCCAACAUCUCUUCCACAAACCAAACCCUGGUGGACCCGCCCAUCGCGCAUCCUCAUUUCCUGUGGGAGGACACGCAAAGCAUCGUGGGAUUGACUAUUUUCGUCUUGUGUAUUUUAUUCUCGAGCAUUCGCUCGUCCAGCACCAGCCAGGUGAACAAACUCUUCCUGACUCCUUCAGACGCCGUGCAGAUGGAGGACUGUUCCACAGGUAGUUUCGGCGACUCGGACGGUCCCAGACGGAUCAUAGAUAACGAGGGGGAAUGCGUCCAGUACAGCUACUGCUGCUUUCACCUCCAGCUGUGUCUCGCUUCUUUCUACAUCAUGAUGACACUCACAAACUGGUACAUACCCGACGUUGACUACAGUAACAUUGCACACAAGCGAGGAGCGGUCUGGGUGAAAAUCGCGUCCAGCUGGACGUGUCUCGUCCUCUACGUCAUGACCCUCAUCAACCCCAUCAUCUGCAAAGACAGAGACUUUCAUAACCACUUAAACUGACGCACAGAUAUUUUACAAAUGAUUUUUGACAUUUUAUUGCAUUUCUGUUACAAUUUUAUACAGCAUUGGAUUUCUUUUAUAAGAUUUUAGGUAAAAAAAAUUAGAUUUUUGUAAACUUUUUUAUUUGCAUAUUUUUAGAAAAACAUUUUGAAAUAACUUUAUGCAUAUUGUUCAUAAACCGACAGUUUUUUGAACAAGUUUUUUUAUAGUCGCAGUAUUUGUUUUUUUCUCAUGUUGUUCAUUAAUUUAAAAAAUCUAAUUUUUCCCGAGUUUUUAU